AUGAGAGAACCAAUAUAUUUUCUCGUAUUAUAUCAAAUUCCGCACAACAACGUUGUUGGGGGAUUUUUUUUCGCGAAACAUGCUGCUAGAGUGAUGAUUCCAGCCAAUAAAGGAGUUAUUAUUUUCACAGCAAGCAUGGCGACAGAGUCUUAUAUUGAUUUGCCACAUACCUAUAAAGCGUCAAAGAAUGCACUUUGGACACAAUUAAGAGAAAAGGCAAAGAAAUGGUUUGGUGACGGGGGAAAUUUGGAAGGAGUUUUAUUACAUGAACAAGAUGUAGAAAAUGGAGUGUUGUAUUUGGCAAGUGAUGAUUCUAAAUAUGUGAGUGGUUUGAACUUCAUUAUUCAUGGUGGUUUUAGAACCACAAAUGUGGCUUUAACUGAGGCCUAUAAGAAGUUGUUUCUAUCCUCCAAAUAAGUAAGGUCAAUUUGUUUUAUUUUGAUCCUUAAUAUAUUCUGGUCAAUUCUCCGAAGCAUUUUGUUCAUACACCAAGUACUUGACUAGCAAUAUUUCAAUUUGUUUACAAUUUAUCAGCAGUACUUGGCAUAAUUCUGAAAAAGAAAUUUAGUUCUCAUGUCACAUAUGUUGAUUAACAUGAUGAAAUAUUGAUAAAAAAAAUAAAAUAAAAUAAAAAAGCAGACUCCAUUCCAUAAUUGGAGGGCAACAAUAAUUUUGGAGUUCACAAUAAAACAAAAAUUGCCAAAUCGAAUAUCGAUGUAUCUCAAAGAUUAUACUCCCUCCGUUUCAUAAAGAAUGUGACCUGGUUUGACUUGACACAGAGUUUAAGUAAAUAAAGAAUACUUUUGAAUUUUGUAGUCCUAAAUUAAAGUUAUGUCAAAUAUACAAAAUUGCCCUUUAACCUUGUGACCUUAAGCAAAAUAAUUAAAAUGUGAAGUUCCUUCGUCUUCACCAUGUGAGAACCUUCAAGAUGAGAGAAGAUAACAGGAAAAAAUAAAAUGUUUGAGUAUAUUCAACUUGAUAUCAAAA